ACCGGGCGCGACCUGUGAAGGUUCACUUGAAAAAGCUUCUAGCCAGUAUAGCAACAGUCAGAACAAUGCGAUCAUACAUUAUCCUUUCUCUUCUGGCAUCGCUCGUGGUUGCCACUUCUGCACUUGGAUAUGGACUAUUAGGAGGACUCGGUGGAGGAUACGGCGGUUAUGGUGGCUACGGUGGCCAUGGCGGUUAUGGAGGGUACGGAGGUCCAGGAUAUGGUGGUUAUCAAAAUCCACUGUAUGGAGGAUAUGGUGGAUACGGAGGUUACGGUUAUCCAGGAUACGGUGGAUAUGGAGGUUACCCGAAUAAAUACGGUGGCUACGGAGGAUAUGGAGGAGGAUACGGAGGGGGAUAUGGAGGAGGUUAUGGCGGAGGCUAUGGACCGUAUGGAUACAAACCUUAUUAUUAGGUGUGAAAAUAGUUUGUUGCAAGUAAAAAAAAUGUGAUAUUUGUUACUGUUAUUAAAUCCUAAUGCCCAUA